ACUCAGCUCUUUCUGUUAGUGAUUUUUUGUUUGCAGAAAAACGAUAAAAACAACCAGGAAUGUCCACCUGUAACAGCGAAAUAAAAUUGCUCAAAAAACAGAAAAUAAUCAGCCUCGUUAUGUGCAUAUUUUAUGAAAAUCAACAGUAUUUGUGAAGAAAAUUUGCAAUCGUAGCAGAGAUUUUCAAUAGUUUGGAGAAAAAAGAUCGUUUUCGCACGAUGAAUGCUGAAUUGUUAAAUCCAAGAAUUUCACUUUCUUAUUCACUGAAUGACAUGCCAAAAGUCAAUUCGCAAUUUAGAGGAGAAAGUUACGAUGAAACUGAAAAUACGAAAAAGAAGCUUCUCUCACAAAUCGAACCGGAAGCCGAUACACUGAGAAUAAUUGAUCCUCUUUCAAAAAACCAUUUAGAAAAUGGAAAAAGAGGACAAAUCGAUGUGAUAGACAUGUCAGCUGACAAUACAUCACCUUAUAAAUAUUUAUUUGUUUAUGAAGACAGAUUGUCAAGAUACAUUGUACUUAAAGCGAUGAAAAGUAAUGAUCCCAAAAAAAUAGCAAUGCAUCUUCUAGAUGUGAUAACAAUCAUCGGCCUUCCUCAUAUUUUACAAUCCGGAAAUGGUCGAAAUUUCAGCGACCAAGUGGUCCAAGAAUUGCGUUCUUUGUGGAACGGAUUCGACAUAAUUAGUGGAGACCUUCUCCAAUUUGCCUCGAGUGAAAGAAAUUUCAAAAAUAUUAUUAAAUCCUGGCUGGCAAAACACAAAAGCAAAACGUGGCUUGAAAGUAUCAAAUUUAUUCAAGUUUUACAAAACGCAACCUUUCUUUCCCAGGACGGCAAAUUGCCGCACGAAUCGCUUUUUAAAAGAAAUGUCUAUGAAGAAUUUCUUCAAUCUAAUCAUAAAAGAGAUGAUUUUAUAGUCGAAGAAUUUAAAUUCGAGAAUAAUGAUCGUGACAAUUCCUCUAUUUCUGAUGGCGAUAAUCAUGAGGAUGAAAUUAGUGAAACUCCCGCAGAUGAUUGGAUUUCAGAAGACGAAAAAUCGAGAGAAAAACAGCCCCACAAGUGUAAAAUCUGCCCGAAAAAGUACACGAAACUCGGACACUUGACGAAUCACCUCAAAUUGCACAAGUCAAGCAAAGAGUGCACAAAAUGUGGGAAAAAAUUCCGAUCUCAGUCUCUUUACGAGAAUCACGUGAGCAAAAUGCAUCAAGAGUUAUCCGAAACUAUCAGCAGUGCAAGUAAUAAUUCACCAGAGAAAGAAAUCGAAGAGAUUUCAUCAGAAAAGGUAUCAAAGUCAGGAAAAAGGCCGAGAAGGCGACCAAAAUUGAACGGAAGUUUAUUAAAAUGUAGCUACUGCUCGCAAGAAUUUGAAUUCCCCAGUGUUUUAAAAAGACAUGUCCGCUCGCACACGAACGAGCGGCCCUACGUCUGCAAAGUCUGCAAUAAAAGCUUCAAACAACUCGGACAUCUCAGCCAGCAUUCGAUAACUCACACAGAUUACAGAUCUCUGCAGUGCGGCGAAUGUAGCAUCAAAUUUGAUUCGCUCGACGCCCUCAAAAUUCAUUCCCAGAGCCACUCGAGCGAAACGAGUGAAAAAUCCAAUCCCACUCUCUCAAUGACCCGGCUUUUCGAGUGCGACCACUGCAAGAAAGUGUUUACGACCAAGAGCGUCCUCGAGCGUCACAUCUUCACCCACACGCACGAGCGCCACUUUGAGUGCGAAGUUUGCGGCAAGCGCUUCAAACAGUCCGGUCACGUCAAGUCGCACAUGCUCGUGCACACCGGAGAGCGCAAAUUCCCCUGCACCAUUUGCCCGAAGCGCUUCAGUUUGGCGAAUUCGCUGAAGAAGCACAUGUACAUUCACAAUGGUGACAAGCCCUAUCAGUGCGACAUUUGUGGCGCGAGAUUUCUCGAGAAGCGAAAUCUUAAUGGACAUCUGAUGACGCACACGAAUGAACGACCCUUUGGCUGCAAAGUCUGCGGCAAGAGGUACACUCUCGCGGACACUUUGCGCCGUCAUGUGAGCGCCGCGCACGAGGACGGACGGACAUAUCAGUGUGAGAUAUGCGCGAAGAUGUUCAAGCAACUGGCGCAUCUCUCGGUGCACAAAAAAGUGCACAAUGACGAGCGACCGUUUCAGUGUCAUCUCUGCGAGAAGAACUUCAAGCACAAGAACGUGCUCAAGUCGCAUCUGGCGAUUCAUGCGAAUGUGCGGCCAUUCGAGUGCGACGAGUGCAAGGCGACGUUUGUGCGCAAGACGAAUUUGCAGACGCACAUCGCUUCUGCGCAUAUGAAUGAGAGGCCUUAUGCGUGCACCAUUUGCGGCAAGAGGUUUAAACAAGUGAGUCAUCUGAAUGGACAUAUUAUUGUGCACAGCAAUUCGAUGCCGUAUCAGUGCGACUUUUGCGAUCGGAGGUGCAACAGGCUGGAUAAUUUGAAGAAACACAUGCGACUGCAUACGAAUGUGGAGAUUGUGAGGAGAGAGGGGCCGAGGACGGGAGGUGUUUCGAUGAGUCGGAAUAGGGAGGUUGAUAAGGCGGGGUUUGAUCAUUAUUGCAAAAGGAUUUGAGGAUGUGUUUCUAGAAAAUUUUUGGAAUUUUUCCGCUAUUUUUAAUGAUUUAUGGAAUUGAUGAAUAAUCUGGGUAGUCGCGAGUGUGAUUAG